UCCCUCACACUAGUAUAGGUGGUACCCCUGCGUAAAGCUUUUGCUAGCUGUCACUGUUGACUCCUCCGCAACUGUACAGUUAGCUGUGUUGAAUAUGAAAGUUCCAUCUCUGGUUCCCUCACGAGCUAGCUGAAAACGACCGCUAGCAUCAUAUUUCCUCAUCGAGAAGAACUUUCUAGACGUCAGGUGGAUGAAACAGUCGCUCAGCCUCACAGUACCAAAACAAUGGCAUGCGAAAGGAGUUUUCCUGAUUCUUUCAUAGACGCGGAUCCACAGAAAGCUCUGGAGGAACUCAACGGGGCUUUAGGGGAAUCAUCUAAUAAUGCUGAAUGGCUCUGUCAGCGGUCGUACGCCCACAUUCUGCUUGAAAAUUAUACUCGUGCUGCUGAGGAUUCCAAAAAAGCCCAGCAGCUUCAGCCUGGACUAGCUCUCGCCUUUCUGAGAACAGGAAUUGCUGAGUACCAUCUGAACAACUUUACGUCUGCCCAUGAGGCCCUGCUGGAAGGGCAGAAGCUUGAAGGCUCCAAUGACUUGUUCCAGACGUGGAUAAACCGCUGUGAGGAGGCAAAGCAGACAGAGCAGGCUCAGAAUGCAGCCACAAAUACGCAACCCGCUGCCCCACUGCCUGUCAAGCACGACUGGUACCAGACUGAAUCACAAGUCAUUGUCACCAUCAUGCUUAAGGGCGCCAAUAACGAGGACGUCAGGGUCAGCUUCGAGGAGAAAGAGUUGUCAGCGUCUGUGAAGCUGGCGUCGGGAGAAGACUACUGCCUUAAGUUGUGCCUCCUGCACGCUGUGGUCCCCGAGCAGUGCACUUACCGGAUCCUCUCCACCAAGAUCGAGAUUAAGAUGAAGAAGACAGAGGGCAUCCGAUGGGAGAAGCUGGAGGGGGAGGGCACCCUGCCUAACGUCAAGCACUUUACCCCCAGCCAGUACCCGUCGUCCUGCCACUACACGCGCAACUGGGACAAGGUGGUGGGCGACAUCAAGGAGGAGGAGAAGAACGAGAAGCUGGAGGGAGACGCGGCGCUCAACAAGCUCUUCCAGCAGAUCUACUCGGACGGCUCGGAUGAAGUCAAGCGUGCCAUGAACAAGUCCUUUAUGGAGUCAGGUGGGACGGUCCUGAGCACCAACUGGACGGAUGUGGGCAAGCGGACAGUCGACAUGAGCCCCCCCGACGACGUGGAGUUUAAGAAGUUCUGAUCGCUGACAGGAGGAGACGAAGAGAGAGGUGGACCUUUAGCACUCCUGCCAUCUGUCCGUCAAACCUGUGGCCACACCUACGCCUCCAUUUUGUCCCAUGUGUCCGGCCCGAAACCCUGUACAGAGAGCUGGACCACCAUCGCAUCCUUCGCUCACUCACUCACUUAAUCAUUCAUUCUUCUGGGCAUGUUUUUUUGUUUGUUUGUUUUUUAUCAGUCUUUAUGAGUGAAUAAAGUGUACAUUUUUACUAAAAA